CGCGCUAGAGCCUACACCACGCUACAGGGACUGACAAGAUGGCGAUCAUUUUAGAAACAGAGGAGUUACUGCCGUGAAGGAGAGGCUCGAGGCCACCAUGCCCUAGGAGGGUCCCUUUUCUCAGCUCACCAUGAUCACCAUGGUGAUAUGAAGCCACAGUGAAACGUUGAAACACACAGACUCACACACAGACGGUCAGGUUCUGACUGACACGGCCCGCCAUCCAGCUGGGCAGGGCGGCGUGUGUAAUGGACAGGUGUAAGCAUGUGGGGCGGCUGCGACUAGCCCCGGAUCACUCCAUCCUCAACCCCCAGAAGUGGCACUGCGUAGACUGCAACACCAGCGAGUCUAUAUGGGCCUGCCUGGGCUGCGCUCAUGUGGCGUGCGGGCGCUACAUCGAGGAACACGCUCUGCAGCACUUUCAGCAGCACCACCACCCGCUGGCUAUGGAAAUUAAUGAACUUUACGUUUUUUGUUACUUGUGUGACGACUAUGUCCUGAAUGACAACACCACUGGAGACCUGAAGCUGCUUCGUAGUACGCUCAGCGCCAUCCAGAGCCAGCGCUAUGAGGUAACCACACGUAGUGGGCGCACACUCCGCUCUGCUAGCGCCGAUGCCCUCAUGCCAUCAGGUGCCCGGGAGCUGCAACUGAGGGACGAGGACAGGAUGUUUACUGCGCUCUGGCAUCGUCGCAGGGCGCUUAUGGGACGUGUUUUUCGCUUCUGGUUUGCAAUGACUGAAUGUGGGAAGAAAAGAGAGGAAGAAGAGCGAAAGAGGGAUGAGGAUGAAGAGCAGAAAAGGGAAGCAAGGGAGAGGAGGAAGGCUACAAAGAGAAAGCUACUGGUGGAGCUGGAGAAUGCUCCUCUCAGGAAGAGUCGGCGGUUACAUCGGAAGAGCCAGCGUGUAACACAAGCUCCAGUUGCAGCACCAACCACUCGGAGUGCACGCAGAAAGUCAAAAACCCCAGUGCCCACGUCUGUCACCCGCAGGCCAAGGACUCAGAGCCCUGCCAUGGCUACACCUAAGAAAGGUGGGCGGACAAAAAAGGUCCAACCACCUCCCAAAACUAGGAGCCGUUCUUCUGCCAACAGAUCUAAGCCCAAAUCAGCAACCCCCCUUUCUGCCCAAACACCUGUUCGCCGCAGGCAGAGUACCAAACAAGGUGGCUCACCUUUUAAGCGACGCCCCACAGUCACUCCUGGAGUGACGGGCCUGAGGAAUUUAGGCAACACCUGUUAUAUGAACUCCAUCCUACAGGUGCUGAGCCACCUCCAUUUCUUCAGGGAGUGCUUUCUGCGCCUUGAUCUGACGCAGGCACUGGAGCUGCUCGCAUCCGCCGUCCACGGCCAACUGACGGAGAAAGCCUCGUCCCAGUCCACGCUGAUCCAAAGGAGGGGAUUCCAGGCCAGCUCAGGAUCUGGGGCAGGGCUGAGCGGCGGGGCCUCACGGACCCGCAGCAUGGAGCUGAUCCAACCCAAAGAGCCCAGCUCGAAGCACAUCUCUCUCUGCCACGAGCUGCACACCUUGUUCCAGGUUAUGUGGUCUGGCAAGUGGGCGCUGGUAUCGCCUUUUGCCAUGCUCCACUCAGUGUGGCAGCUGAUCCCGGCGUUCAGGGGCUACGCCCAGCAGGACGCUCAGGAGUUCCUGUGUGAGCUGCUGGACAAGGUGCAGCACGAGCUGGAGAGCACUGGCAAGCACACGACCACUGCUGGGGUCCCACAGAAACGACUCAUUAAGCAGGUGCUUAGUGUGGUCAACACCAUCUUUCAUGGUCAGCUCCUCAGCCAGGUGACUUGCCUGGCCUGCGACCACCGCUCAAACACUGUGGAGCCUUUUUGGGAUCUGUCUCUGGAGUUCCCUGAGCGCUAUCACAGGAAUAGCAGGGAGUCUGCUCAGGCUUCAUGCCAUUUAACUGAAAUGCUGGCCAAGUUCACCGAAACUGAAGCGCUGGAGGGAAACAUCUACGCCUGUGAGCAGUGUAACUCUGCUAGGCGGCGGUCCUCCACCAAACCACUGCUCCUGACUGAAGCAAAAAAACAGCUGAUGGUCCACAAACUGCCUCAGGUCCUGCGGCUUCACCUCAAACGCUUCAGGUGGUCUGGCCGUAACCACCGGGAGAAGAUCGGAGUCCACGUCCGCUUCGACCAGCUUCUAAACAUGGAGCUCUACUGCUGCAGAGAGCCAUCGCCCAAAGGGGUUUCCUGCUCCAGUCCCAGUAGCCCCAGCAGUCCCAGCAGCCCCAGCUCCACAGGCUCGCCAAGCCCCAAGCACUUCGUUUACGACCUCUCCGCUGUGGUGAUGCAUCAUGGGAAGGGCUUUGGCUCUGGUCAUUACACAUCCUACUGCUACAACACAGAAGGAGGCUUCUGGGUUCACUGUAAUGACUCCAAGCUGAAUGUGUGUUCAGUGGAGGAGGUCUGUCGUGCUCAGGCCUACAUCCUCUUUUACACACAGCGAGUAACUCAGGACAAAGACCGGCCGCUAUAGGAUCACAAUCCGCCCUCCUCAGCGAUAUCAGCACAGCUCCAGUUGUGGUUCUUGUUCCUCUCUCUCUUUGGGCAUUUUAUAUCCUUGAGGAUUUGUCUUUUAAGUCUAUAGUUUUAAAUAAGACGAAAACAUUUCUUAAAAUCACGGUUCUGCUUUGUGAACUUCUUGUAUAUGGUGUUAAUAUUUAGGUAUUUUUUUGAAAAGAUUAUGUUUUUGAUUUGUGUACAGUUGUAUUUUAUAAAGAAGAGUAUCAGCCAAGAUGUCUCAGUAGCAGCAACCAGACUCAAAGUGUCCUCCACAGGUCGCACAUACAGGUGUAUUCACGUGUCUGCCUGUCUGCGUUCGGUGACUUGUUGAUUGUAAAUGCUGUUGAAAUGUCACUUUAGAUAGUCGUUACAUUACUGGAUGUAAGUUGUUCACUUACUAGAAAUGGCCUCCCUGUGUUUGACAGCUAAAUGAUGAGUGUUAGCAAAGACGCAGUGGCGUAACUAUCGACGGUGCAGCCGGUGCAACGCACGAGCAAACCGUUCAAUCAACCUGUACUGUACUGUAGCUAGCAGCAGCAAAGCCGGCUGUAUUUCCUGCCAGAAAUGUCUACAGAAUACGCUGUCCGCAUUGUGUUUUACUCUGUUCAUCGUCAAAGAUCUGUACACAAGAAGGGCAGGGUUUAUUUUUCUCUCUGAAGUAUUUCUGUGUCUGUCAGGGAAAACUGGCAGACCUCAAGCCAAAGCCUUGGGGGAAGUGUGUGGAAAAACCUCAGCAUUUCCAAAAUGGUUCAACAUUUGCUGGGUCUCUCUCUCUCCCUCCCCCCCCCCCCUCUUUUAACUUUCCAAAGGGAUUGUUUUAUUUGGCUAAAUGCUGCCACCUCUCUUCUCCAGAAUGUAAUUGUCUUCAGAGCGUGAUCCAUCCAUGAACUGGUGUGCUAUAAGUGCCCUUUCGUUAGUGAAUAUAUUUUUAUACUUCCAAUAAAUCCAGCAAAGUUUAGUCUGAACACCUACAGUCCCACCCAGACCAGCAUUUCGAUAAUGAAUGUAUUUUUAUACAAUCCUUCUCAGAGUUUUUAUUUUAGAAGAGGCCAUUGACUGUUUUUAAGAGUUUUAUAUCACCUGAUUCUUCAACACCACCAGCUAUGACUGUUCCAUCACCAUUGAGUAGUUGCAUGUUCAUACUGAUUUUCUUUUACCAUCUGUUCAGUAAAAUAUCAGGAUUUAACCGGAUUUUGACAUUUAUCUCCAUAAUGGAGAGAAUUGUACAAAAAAAGGUAUUCUCCACCUGAACCAUUUAUUCAAAGCACACUUUGUAUUGUUUUAUUUUUGUGACAUGUUGUUGGAAAAUGUUUUUGCUACUACUUCAUGAAUGUGUGAAUGGGUGUGUGUACAUUUAUGGAAGUUAUACUAUGCAAAUUGUUACCUCAAUUUUGUUCUAGAAAAUUACCUCAAUAAAUGAGAAUAUUUUUUCAUUUUUCUACAAAAGAUGCUGGUUUGGUCUUGUUCUCAGUUUGUAUAGGAAGAGAGCCAAGGGAAGUUU